AUGAAAUUUCGAAAAGCCUUCAAAACGUUUGAAGGAGCUUAUCAACUUGAUUUCUUCUUGAGCAAACAUGUUGAAGAUCCAAACACGAAUCAUACAUCAUCUAACUCAAGAAGAGGUGGAGAAAUCAGCUCACGUACUCGAUUUUUGUUUCAAUCAUGGUGCUUGGGAAUUGUGGAAAUUGAAGAACGUCCUCCGAUACCGAUCGGAAAAGAAUUAAAAUUAUCUGGAACUGCUCCUGUUAAUCCCAUGACUGUAUCAACAAACUCAUCUCAAAGUAACGAUCAAAAAUUGCAUUCUAACAAAACUCUACUUGUAACUUGUAGUUGCGACAAAACGGUUUAUGCUUGGUAUUUGAACCAAUCGUUGAGGUAUCAAAAAGAAGAGAAACCAUUUAUUACUCUUAACCCAAGAGGUGGUCUAACUUCAUCAUCAGCGCUUCAUUCCUUUGAAGCACCAACAAACCUGAUCAAGAGCAGUUCGAAUUUGUCAAGCAAAAAAAAGGAAGUAAUUUCCGACAGUGACAACACAGUAAUUGAAUUAUUGAUAGGAUUUAACACAUCUGAUAUUGUUCUGUACAAUAUCAAAACAAAACAGCAGUUAUAUUUCAACAAAGAUAGAAAAAUAAGCUCAUCCUCAAUUACCAAAAUGAUAUGGAUUGAUUCAAACAUUUUCUGUGUCGCUCACAAAGAUGGUACAAUCAUGUUUUAUGACAAAAAUUUAAAGAUUGAAGAACCUUUUAAUUCUCCACCUUUUGACGAAGCGCUUCCAAAACAUAAAAAGUACAAAUGUGUAGCAAAUCCAGUCGAAGAGUGCAAUCCUUUGCGAAAAAUAACAUUGGGCCAAUCCAUAAUAACAGAUGUUUCAAUAUCACCCAAUAAUUCCUAUUUAGCAACGGUGACCUCAAAUGGAAGAUGUGAGAUUAUUGACUUAAAAACGAUGAAACAAUAUGCUAGUUUUAUAUCUGAACAAUUAGGUCCAAUGUCUUUUGGAGGUUUUACAUCAUGUUGCUGGAGUCCAGAUAGCAAAGUGCUUGUCACAGGAGGCGAAGACGAUUCUCUUAAUAUUUUCGACGUUAAGAGAAAAAGUAUUGUCCUAAAAGGUGUGGGACAUACAGGCUUUGUAUCGAAAGUUAUCUUUGACCCUUACCAAUGUGAUGCCACCAAGUACAGAUUAAUUUCUGUUGGAGAUGACACAAAACUUAUGCUUUGGGACUUGGAUAAGUCCUAUUUUACUGAAGAACGAGAAAUUUCCAAUGCCAUAGACAUCAAAUCGAACAACCCAUUUAGCAGCUCAGGCAUCAAAAACAUGCCACCAGGACAGGAAUCCAUGUCCUUCUCAACCACCUCGAUGAAUCAAGAAGAGACUUCCAAUGAAAUGCUAGACAUUCCACUACUGGAACCCAUAGCAAUUCACAAGGCACAUAAUGAUCCUAUUCGUGAUGUCAAAGUAUUCACCACAGGAAUUGCAACAAUAUGCAAUCAAGGCAUCAUCAACUUUUGGGCUCGACCCGUCCUCAUUGAAGAUGAGUCAGACCUCGAAAGUCAAGACAUGACCACGCAAGAAGAGACAUCAUCCAAUCCUAUGAUCAAGUAG